AUGGUGAGUAAACCUCCCACAAUUGCUAUCAACCCCAACCCCAAGUUUCUCAAAGUCACCAUUCUUCCAAAAUGCGAAAGCACUUUUUUUAACUUAACUGUACCGACAGGCACAAUUGUCCACGGAACUAUCACCUCUGUCUCUCCUCAAAUGAAUACCUCUCUUCGUGCCGUCAAGAUGACCCCAAAGGGCCGCGACCCCGUUUCACUCGACACCAUCAGCAUUCGCGGCUCGUCAAUUCGCUAUUAUAUUCUUCCCGAUAGUCUGCCACUUGACACCCUGCUUGUUGACGAUACCCCCAAGCCCAAGAACAAGGCGCGCAAGGAGACAGACCGUGGCCGUGGUGGACCCCGAGGCCGUGGAGGACCCCGCGGACGUGGAGGCCCUCCCCGCGGUCGUGGCCGUGGCCGUGGAUUCUAA